AUUCGGUGGCGUUCGCCGUAGAAUACAGCGUGCCUGAGAAAGAUGGGGGAGUCUUGCACGGAACAAGAUAUGUGUACAUCCGAGCAGGGGAAUGGCUCUCCUGAAGAAGCAUUUUUCAGUAUGGCAGAUAUGUUUCUUUUGUCUCUCAUAGUUGGCCUGCUGACUUACUGGUUCUUUUUUCGGAAAAAGAAAGAAGAGACCAUUGAAUUCACCAAAAUUCAACCCACUGUGAAUAACUCUGUUCGAGAAAGCAGUUUUAUCGAAAAGAUGAAAAAGACCGGAAAAAACAUUGUAGUAUUCUAUGGUUCUCAGACUGGAACAGGAGAAGAAUUUGCCAAUCGACUGGCCAAGGAUGCUCACCGAUAUGGCGUGCGUGGGAUGGCUGCUGACCCAGAAGAAUUUGAAAUGGCAGAUCUCAGUCGUCUUACAGAAAUCGAGAACGCUCUUGCUGUUUUUUGCAUGGCCACUUAUGGGGAAGGUGAUCCUACAGAUAAUGCUCAGGAUUUCUAUGACUGGCUUCAGGAAACAGACAUUGACCUUACAGGGCUUAAGUAUGCAGUUUUUGGCCUUGGCAACAAGACAUAUGAGCACUUUAAUGCCAUGGGAAAAUAUGUUGACAAAAGACUUGAAGAAUUAGGAGCUGAGCGCAUUUUUGAGCUGGGAAUGGGAGACGACGAUGGCAAUCUGGAGGAAGACUUUAUCACAUGGAGGGAGCAGUUCUGGCCUGCAGUUUGUGAACACUUUGGAGUUGAGGCAACUGGAGAAGAUUCCAGCAUUCGUCAGUAUGAACUUGUGGUGCACACAGAUGAGAACAUGAACAAGGUCUACACAGGAGAGAUGGGCCGACUAAAGAGUUAUGAAACUCAAAAACCACCAUUUGAUGCUAAAAACCCUUUCUUGGCUAACGUAACAGUCAACCGCAAACUAAAUGAGGGUGGAGACCGACAUUUGAUGCAUUUGGAACUAGAUGUCACUGGCUCAAAGAUAAGAUACGAGUCUGGAGAUCAUGUGGCUGUGUACCCAGCAAAUGAUACUGCACUCGUAAACAAGUUGGGAGAGAUUCUGGGCGCUGACCUGGACACAGUUAUUUCUCUAAACAACUUGGAUGAGGAGUCUAACAAAAAGCAUCCUUUCCCCUGUCCUACCACAUAUCGUACUGCCCUCACUUAUUACUUGGACAUUACCAAUCCACCCAGGACCAAUGUGCUUUAUGAGCUAGCUCAAUAUGCCACAGACUCCAAGGAGCAAGAAAACCUGCGCAAGAUGGCCUCCUCAGCACAAGAUGGCAAGGGUCUCUAUCUCAGUUGGGUUGUUGAAUCAAGAAGAAAUAUUCUGGCCAUACUAGAAGAUGUACCUUCACUGCGCCCUCCAUUGGAUCACCUUUGUGAGCUACUGCCACGACUACAAGCCCGAUAUUACUCCAUUGCAUCAUCCUCAAAAGUUCAUCCCAGUUCCAUCCACGUGUGUGCCGUGCUUGUUGAAUAUGAAACCAAAACAGGCAGAGAAAAUAAAGGAGUGGCUACAAAUUGGCUCAAAAAUAAACAGCCCAGUGACAAUGGACACAAGUCGUCAGUUCCCAUGUAUGUGCGCAAAUCCCAGUUCCGCCUUCCAUUCAAGCCCAGCACACCAGUCAUCAUGAUUGGUCCUGGGACAGGCAUUGCCCCAUUCAUUGGUUUCAUCCAAGAAAGAGAGUGGCUGAAGCAGCAAGGCAAGGAUGUUGGGGAAACUGUGCUGUACUAUGGCUGCCGUCAUGAACAUGAAGAUUUCCUUUACAAAGAUGAAUUAAAACGGUAUCACAAGGAUGGCGUUCUGACCCAAUUGAACGUUGCCUUCUCACGAGACCAAGACCGAAAGGUUUAUGUGCAGCAUCUUCUCAAGGACAACAAAGAGAUGGUAUGGAAACUAAUCCAUGAAGAUAAUGCCCACAUUUAUGUCUGCGGUGAUGCCCGCAACAUGGCUCGGGAUGUGCAGAACACUUUCUAUGACAUUGUGGCAGAAUAUGGCAAAAUUGACCAUGCUCAGGCUGUGGAUUACAUCAAGAAACUAAUGACCAAAGGCCGCUAUUCCCAGGAUGUGUGGAGUUAAUCAAGGCUGCCUCUCCAUUAUAGAGCAAAUUGCACCAAGUUGGCAUUAUUUCAGACCCAUGUGAGCCAGUCCAUGACAAUGCUAAUGAAAACUAAAUCCCUGUUAAAUGUUGAUCUCUUAGAAGAGAUUGCUCUUUUUUUUUUUUUGUAUUGUUUAGCUAUUACUAUUUUACAGCACAGGGUGUUGCGUGUCAGUGUAGCUUUGAACUGUACCCUCAGUGUGUGUACCAUCGCUGCAAAUGGACUUUCAUCUUGUAUGUUUUACUGACAAGCAGAAUCCAUUUUGAUAUCAUGUCAUAUCAAUUACUUUUUUUGUAAGCAACUUUUGUUAGAUCAAUUUAAAAAUGAUGACAAAAUACUGGGCAGGCUGGUAUUGCCAUUUAAGUGAAGGAGUCCCUUUAUACUCAAUAAGAGCAAAGCCUCUAACUGUACGGUAGGAUUAAGGAUGUGGUGUAUUACGGUUAAUGGCCCAGAAUGUGAGGCCAUAUAUAAUGGGUAUACUGUAAACUGCUAUCAUGUCAUUUAAUAAUGCUAAGUUACACUUUGUGCUGAUAAGUAGACAAAGGGAUCCAUUGGUAUGUUCAGGGCAGUUUUCAAUAUUUCAGGAAUAUGUAUCUGGGCAUGUUUGGAAAAGUAAGCCAAAUAAUUUGAAGCCUUAAGUAUGAAACGUUGAUCAUUUCCACUAGGUGCUUAGCCACGCUGCAGAUAGAAUUCUAAGGCAUGCCUUCUCAUACUCCUGGGCCAUGCUUGUGACUGUUUCUGCCAUGUAGGCUCUGGAUUCAUGUGAUGUUACCCUUUACAUCUGGGCAAAUGCAUUCAACAUACUGUGAAUGGUCACAAUGUGCUUAAAGGACAUAUAAACCCCCUCCACAUAAAUGUAAUCCAUGAACAGCCUCUUUGAAAACUUUACCUUCCACUCUGGUUGUUAAAUGGUUAACAGUAAGGCUGCAGCAUUCACUUAAUCACUUAGAACUCCCCUUCUAACCUACUCUGCCCCCUCCCACAGGAAUUUACUUUGGCUUUUGGCUCUUGAGCAUGCUCAGUUCUCCUCAGCUCAGAAACACACCCUCCACUCUAGCAGCCAAUGAAGAGAUAGUAUUGCUGAUUCCUGUAGAAACUCUAGCUGUCUGAUCCUAUUUUUUUCUCCUAACCACCUCUCCUGAGCUCAGCUUAAAGGAAUUGUUCAGUAUAAAAAUAAAAACUGGGUAAAGGGAUAGGCUGUGCAAAAUAAAAAAAAAUUCUAAUAUAGUUAUGUAUAAUGGCUGGAGUGACUGGAUGUCGAACAGAACAAUACUUCCUGCUUUUACAGCUCUCUUGGUUUUCAUUUACUGGUUACCCUGUGACCAAGCAGUAACCAAUCAGUGACUGAAGGGGUGGCCACAUGGGCCAUACGUGUUGCUUUUGAAUCUGAGCUGAAUGCUGAGGAUCAAUUGCAAAGUCGCUGAAUAGUUAUGUCCCAUGUGGUCCCCCUUCAAGUCGCUGACUAACUCAAGAGUUGGAGAGCUUAAAAGCAGGAAGUAGUGUUCUGUUCUGUUAGACAUCCAGUCUCUCCUUUAUAGAUUAAUUUUUUGCCUAACUAACUAUAUUAGAACCAUUUUUUAUAUUGCAUAGCCUAUCUAUUAACACAGUUUUUAUUUUUAUACUGAACUGUUCCUUUAACCAUUAGAGUGCUUAACCCCAGCAGAACUUUUUAUCAAAGCAUGUUGUGCCUGUGUAAAUCUGCAUUGCAUGAACUUUACAGCAUACAUGUCCUGUUUACAGAUCUCAAUGUUACUGAUGAUGUGUCAGAGGGAAAAUGGACGCCAGGUGAAAGCUGCUAGGUUUUAGGAAAAUGUUAUGGCCUGGCAAAUGGAGGGGGUAUAUGCAGUGCAAAUAAUGUGGCUUGGGUGGGGAAGUUAUGCCCGAUUUAUAUACAUGGCAAGAAAAUGGAGGCUUUACAUGUCUUUAAUGGUGUGAACUGCCAAUAGUGCCUUCACCUGAAUCUACAACUGAUCCUCUGUCUUUUUAUGCAAGCAAAUUAAAUUUGUUCUAUAAAAAUGACUAUAGUACGGUUUUACCCAUGUUCCCCUGCACCCACAAAGGACUUGUGAAGCUUGCUAUAUCAGUGGACUAUUCUGAUACCUUUAUUAAGCCAUACCUUCCAUUGCCUAUGUACAUGCACAGUUUUCUCAUAAUACUCCUAUUUGAAAAUGCAAACCUAUGUAGAUACUAAUGCCUAGCACAUUUAUUUAUUAUCCCACGCUGACAUUGAUCCAUAGGUCUUGAACACUUAUAUAGCCCCUGAGCCCCAUGCUUCUCAGUGUUUUAGUGGUUGGAGGCCGUGCACCACCUGAUUUUAGAUGCCUCUGCUUAAUUGUAAGGCUUUACAGAAAUGUCGUUACUAUAGGUUUGCUAUUAAACAAAUCCUGUAGACUGUAUUUCUAUAUUGCGUGUAGCAACCAAUGCAGAUCUGUCAUCGUAUCUGCACAAAUUAUCAUCCAACUUUCUUGAGGUAUAUCUAACAUUCUACAAGAAGGAAUAAGAAGUCUGUAAUUCGACUGAAGACAUGAAUAGAAAUCUGCAAUGGUUAUUAGGAUGUAGAUAUUAGUUAUGUGAGCUGGAAUCAUCUGUGGUUAAGACCAGACUGAAAUGCCUCAUGCUUAUAUGUAAUUCUGAUGUCACUGGUAAGAAGACUGUUUUCCCAAAAGUCCACUGAAAUUGGUUUUAAUAUUUCUAUUUUGAAUUUAGAAUUUUAAGAAAAUGCAUUGUCAUUCUAGCAUCCAGUGAUUGUAAAUAAUUUUAAAAUAUGCAUUAACCCUUGAAAUAAAAUGAUGUACAUUUUCAAA